AUGGCUCCCGUCAUCUAUUCCGCGCAAGAACUGCUUCGAAUGAGGGCUGUUCCCGCUAGGAAAGAGACAUACGAUGAAAUUUGUCAGAAACUCCAAAAGGACCUUUCUAUCGAAGAUAUUCUGCGCUUUCCUGUCAACCGGCCCUUACCUUUGAUCCCUGAAGAAGAUACUGAGAAACUUGCGAGUGUUCCCAACGGCAAUCCCACCCCCGUUCAACAACUCGAUGGUACCGACUCGGAAUGGAGAUAUCGCGGUCGGACAGAGAACGAAUGUGGCGAGCCGCAGCCAAUAUCUGCCCCGCCAGGCCUCGUUGCCCAGAAGGAUGAAGGCUUUCAACGGUUUUACAAGGCUGUGGUCUCGCCCACUCACGUCAGAGUUACGGCAGGUGGCCGCAUUGUCCCAAAUACAAGAGCCUCCUCAUCGCCUACCUGCAAAUGGGCCAAGGACAAGCCUCCUUCAGGCAGUCUGUUCCCUCCACGCCCAUUGGAGCGGGAGACAGCUGAGAAUGCGGUAGCAAAUGGUGCUCAGUAUCCGUUUGGGCCUUUCCCUUCUCUUUAUCCUGGAUAUGCUCCUGCUAUGCACGGAUCCGCAUACGCCAUGUUCCCAUGGCAAAUAUACAACACGUUUUGUCUGCCUGCACCUAUGCCACAAACAGCGUUCUCUAAGCCCAGUGGCAAAGACAGUUCACGACACCAGCAAGACGGCGUCGAUGACCGUCAAGAAGGAACAGAGCCUUCACCACACCAAGCUGCUGCCGCCCCGAUGGAUGUUAGCCGACCGUUUUAUUUCAAUGGCCAGUGGGCUAUGCCACAUAAUCCAUCUUUGUUUGCGUAUGGCAUGCCCGCGUUCUCGGGCUUUCCUCAGCCGUCCAUGGCUGGGUCGGUCACAGCUCCCCCAGCAGUGCAGCCCACGCCCGCUACCUCAAACUCGGCUCCGGCCCCUUCAUAUUCUGUCGCACCUGCACCUGUCAAGCCGGACAAGCCUCUCACCGAGACUGUCAAGCCUAUCCCGGCCGCGGCGGCAUCACCAGCAACGCAAACUACAGCUUCACUGACAAACCCUCCUAUCUCCUCAAUUCGGCCCAGCGAAAUUACCAAGAAACAAAUUGAUGUCCUCAAGGGAUCUUUAAAGUACCUAGAAGAUCAACUUCUAUACAACAAACAUCAAAUUGAUGAAAAAUGGAUGGAGUACCAGGCGCAUAUGGUUCGGCAGCAAGUGGACCAAUUCGAAAAGAACCUGCAAAACCAAAAGAGCUUUGAAGAAGCCUAUUACCCAAAGUCCAAGGAGAAUUCUUCCACAUCUUCGGCUUCUCUUGCCGCUGCGACUCCUUCUGCAGAUGAAACACCCGCCCCUCUACCACAGGAUGGUACAAUCAACUCUGGCCAAAAGCCAUGGCGUGAGAAGGAUCGUGAAUACUUUCAAACUCACCAAGGUAUCAAUUCCACCAAGUCAGUCAGCUUGUUCCCUCCAAAGAGACUUGGCAGUACCACAGAGCCUACCAAGAAAGCUUCCACGCUGCCUGUCCAUGCAGCCCUUGCGCCUCCCUUUCAGCCGCAGAACGAAGGCUCCGUUCGUUCUUCGUUCUUCCAAUCGCGACCUCUGGACACUCCAUAUCUCAUCGGUAUGAUACCUACCGGAAGCAAUCAAGAGAAAGCACGGGAAACUGGGUACCAAUACGUGCGAGAUCUUUCUAACGAUGAGCUUCGUGCACGCCACAUGUACUGGGGCAAAGCUCCUCAUCACUUGCAGCGCGGUCUUCCGAAGUUCGAUGGGAAAGACUUUUACCCACCCUCUCCUACGAGAGAUCGAACAUCUGAAUCGAACGAUUCACUACUGGAUGUUCAAUCAGAGGGCGACGGCCCACGAAGUGCUAAUAAUGUAUCUGUUUAUGACCCCUUCCGGUCCUUGGGCAGGCCAAGACAGCGCGUUCCCCGCGGCGCUCUCGGUCAGACAACCCAAUCCGAGGCAUUGGCCCGCAACUCGAGCUGUGGGAGCUCAGUCAUAGAACGUGGCACGUCCUGCACCGGCAAGAUUGGCCGCCAGUAUGAGGAUGCUCGCAAGAAUAUGGACCCAGUAGCAAGUACUGGCGCUACCUCUUCGAAGUUUAAUUCGGAUUCUGAAGAAGGUGACGAUGGUCGCAGCAUUCUCUUCAAGGGUCGCAAACCAACAGCCUCAGGGACCAAAUCACGCAAUGAAAUAUGGCAGAGUAUGCUCAACAAGGGAAAAUCCAGCGGCCAGGCAGCACCCAGCACGAUUUCAGCUGCGACAGCACACGGUGUCCUGCCCCAAUACCGAGGCCAUGCGACCGCGUACCUUACUCCAACCAUCGCGAAUACGUCAACUCCGGCACGCGCUAUCGUGGCAAAUGGAAAGGCCGUCGAUGGUGGCGAUUUGAUUCAGCUCAAGUCGACCGAAACAGUACAGACUGAGAAUAUGCCACCGAUCGUGGCAAACGACAACGAGUCGAUUCGCCAAGACAGUCUUCGCAAAUUUAGUAACGCACAGGGAAUAUUGUCGCAGUAA